UGGAGGUCCACAAUCCACAAUCGCGAGCAUAUCUUGGGCUCGGCCAACUGUUUUUAGCCUUUAAACAACCAAGUCCACUCCUGUGCCUGGCAGAUCCGCAUUGCGACCGUAGAGUCAAGUUCACUUUACAAUCUACUGUGAGAAAAAUAAAGGCCUCAACUCCCGUUUCUCCGGUAGAGCUCACCAGCUCCAUGUCAGAUGCAGGUACCCCCGCCGCCCGCUCUGAACCAAUAUUCCUGCCAACCCACCUACACCCUAUCAGCAUGGGCCCGAACCGUAUCCCUUGGGUUCCUACUCGUACAACGAAGGGCUGUCCCUCUGUCGGUAGCUUACUACCAAUAUAUCACAACAUCUCACUCACUCCACAGCCCGGAAGCACCCGCUAAAACCCUACUAUCAAACCCUAAGCCAUAAAUGGCGCAUGCACAACGACAACAACCCCAACGACCUCACGGACACGAGUCCGAGCGGCACCAUACUCGAGGUGCAUACGGCCGCCUACCCACCCCAUAAGGCGUCAAUGCAAACGCCGACGGUACCCACUUGCCCAAUCAUGCCCGCCAGGGCACGCAAUAUUCGCGCCAUGGCGAAGUAUAUACCCCAUGCUUCCCCAAGCAAAUCACAACACCUCACUCGCCUCAAUCAACCCCAGCACAGCCUGGUCCACAACACUGGGCACCCAUAUUUUGGCCCAUACCAACAUCACCAAUUAGUCAAAAAGUGUUCAAAUCAUUAUACUACCGAUAUGAUACGGUAG